UGCCCUGACGUCAGCGAGGAGGAAGCGGAGACCGAAAAUAACUGCCCGGUGUUUGGGCCGCUGAAGCGAGGGGGAUCUUGGAUCGCGCGGCUCUUCCUCUGCCAUGGACGGUGCAGCGCAGGAACGAGACGCGGUGAAGUUCGCGCAGCUGGCCGUUCAGAAAGACCAAGAAGGGAAAUAUCAAGAAGCGGCGUUUUACUACAAGGAAGCUGCACAAGCCUUGAUUUAUGCUGCAAUGGCAGGAUCAACCUUAGAAAAUAUUCCAGGGAAAAUAAGUGAAUAUUUAGAAAGAGUUCAAGCUUUAUAUACUGCAGUUCAAUUGCAGAGAGUUGAUCCCUUGAAAUCAAAGCAGCAGCUGGACUUGGAGCGUGCCCAUUUCCUGGUUACCCAAGCUUUUGAUGAAGAUGAAAAAGGCAACAAUGAGGAAGCCAUAGAGCUGUACACAGAAGCGGUGGAGCUCUGUCUGAAAACAUCUAGUGAAACAUCAGAAACAGUACUUCAAACCAAACUGAAGCAACUAGCUCGGCAGGCAUUGGACAGAGCUGAAGCACUAAAAGAUUCAAAGGCAUCUCAGAAAGACAAGCCAGCUUCAGUGAAGCAAAAUCAGCCACUGAGAACUUUUUUCCCAUUGGGACCUGAUUUUUCCUUGAAUGAUAAGCCACAGUCCAUCAGACCUGUUCAUGCUAGUGAACCUCAAGGUCAGCGAUAUACUGUGGAGGAGAUCCAAGUGCUCAGGAAGACAUCAAAAAUAAAUGGGAUUGAAUAUGUCCCUUUCAUGAGUGUUGACCUGAGAGAACGUUUUGCUUUUCCAAUACCUUUCUCAGAUAAAUGUGGCCCAUUGCCCUUGUCUCCUAAGCAAAAGGCUAUGUUUUCUCGUUGGGUGCGACCAAACGAUAUAACAAAUAAUCCCACUAUGAUCUAUACUGUGUCAAGCUUCAGCAUUAAACAGACAAUUGUAUCAGAUUGUUCCUUUGUUGCUUCACUUGCUAUCAGUGCAGCUUAUGAGAGAAGAUAUAACAAGAAAUUGAUUACAAGCAUCAUUUACCCACAGAAUAAAAAAGGAGAACCAGAAUAUAAUCCAUGUGGAAAAUACAUGGUCAAGCUGCACAUCAAUGGUGUUCCUAGAAAGGUGGUCAUUGAUGAUUUGUUACCAGUAGAUCACAGUGGAGAACUUCUCUGCUCCUAUUCAAACAACAAAAAUGAGCUCUGGGUAUCGUUGAUAGAAAAAGCUUACAUGAAAGUCAUGGGAGGUUAUGAUUUUCCAGGUUCAAAUUCGAAUAUUGAUCUUCAUGCUUUGACUGGUUGGAUACCUGAGAGGAUUGCCAUGCACUCAGACAAUCAAACAUUUAACAAGGAUAGUUCCUUCAGAAUGCUUUACCAAAGAUUUCACAAGGGGGAUGUGCUUAUUACAACAGCUACAGGAGUGAUGACUGACGAAGAAGGGGAACACUGGGGUUUAGUACCAACCCAUGCCUAUGCCGUUUUGGAUAUUAGAGAAUACAAGGGUCUUCGCUUCCUCCAAUUGAAAAAUCCCUGGAGCCACCUACGUUGGAAAGGGAGAUACAGUGAAAAUGAUAUCAAGAGCUGGACUCCUGAACUUCAGAAAUACUUAAACUUUGAUCCCAGAACAGCUCAAAAAAUAGACAACGGAAUUUUCUGGAUUGCUUGGGAAGACUUAUACAAAUAUUAUGAUGUUAUUUAUUUGAGUUGGAAUCCAGGUCUUUUUAAGGAAUCCACCUGCAUUCACAGUACCUGGGAUGCAAAACAGGGUCCUGUGAAAGAUGCUUACAGUUUGGCUAACAAUCCACAGUACAGGCUGGAGAUUCAGUGCCCACAAGGUGGUGCUGCAGUCUGGGUUCUACUCAGUCGACACAUUACUGACAAGGAUGACUUUGCACACAAUCAAGAAUUCAUUACAAUGGUAGUCUAUAAAACUGAUGGGAAAAAGGUAUAUUAUCCAGCUGAUCCUCCACCAUACAUUGAUGGGAUUCGAAUCAAUAGUCCCCACUAUCUAACCAAAAUAACACUCACUUCUCCAGGAAUUCAUACAUUUACACUUGUGGUUUCUCAAUACGAAAAACAGAAUACAAUUCAUUACACCCUCAGGGUGUAUUCAGCAUGCAAGUUUACCUUUUCUAAGAUUCCAACACCAUAUGCUAUAUCAAAAAGGGCAAAUGGACAGUGGAAAGGUCGCAGCGCUGGAGGAUGUGGAAAUUUUAGAGAUACUUGCAAGAAUAACCCUAUAUACCAGGUUCAAGUGGACAAGACUGGGCCACUCCUGCUUGAACUAAGAGGACCAAGGCAGUACAGUGUUGGACUUGAAGUUGUAACAGUAUCUUCAAUAGGAGAUCCAGGAUCUUUGGGUUUUCAGAAGAAAAAUAGUGGUGAUUACAGCCUUUUCUCUGUAUUUCACUUUCCAAGGUGUGGCUUUUGCUAUCUGGAAAUUGAGAAUGUAUCUCCUGGUACUUACAAUAUUAUUCCAAGCACUUUCCUUCCACAACAAGAAGGACCAUUUUUUUUGGACUUCAAUACUGCUAUCCCUCUUAAAAUAUCACAGCUGCAAUGAGGUUACCAGCAAAACCAUUUUUAAUAAAAAUGGCAAAAUAUAGCUGUCACAUUGAAGAACUAUCUAAGAACCUACUGAGAAAAUGUUUAUAUGGGAUACAGAAAAGGAAUGUGGACUGUCAUAAGAAGAAUUACACUCAGAAUUAGAACUGCCUAAUCUUCAUGGUUUGCAAACAGUGGAAAACAUGGGUUUGUUAUUUGUGCUGUGGCAGAGUUGAGGCAAGCAAAAAGAUUUGCUCACGCACCUGAUAUUUUGCAUGGCUUUGUUUAUAUAAAAUUGGCAAUAUAUUACGGAGAUUUUUAAAAUUCCAUUUUCCUCAUCAGCUUUGUUUUUUCUAAGUAGUAUGUCAAACAUCUUCAAUUCUAUCUGCUUAAUAUGGGAUAGUUGUCCUGGAGAAAAAUAGCAAUUUUUCCUACUGCCUUAUUGAGUACAGUAUCAGCUGAUUUAUCUGAGGAGGGAGUAAAAUUGAUUCUUAUAUAUCACUGCUUGGUAGCCACAGCUAUCUUCAUACAAGGGUUGAAAGAAUUGGAUAUACAGAAUCCAUAAAUCUGUGGCAUGCUUUAGAGAUCUUGGUUCUUGAUUUAUCAUACAUGUUUGUCAAAGUAUGGGGCAUGACUGAUAUAUUUUCUUUGAGUUAAAAGCUUCAUCCUUAAGACUAAAACACAUCUCCCACUUUUAUUUCCUGAGCUCUGUUAUAAAAUCCUCCAAUAUAGUUUCACACCAGAAAUUCAGUUGUAUUAAAACUAUACACAAACACCUGAACUUUUGCUAUUAUGGCCAAUUUCCCCAGCAAAGAGCCAUUCUAAAAGUUUUCUACCAUAAAAAACUUUUAGAAUAGCUGAAUCAGCCAAUGCACUGCAAAUAAAAUGGGAAGGGUACAAAAAAGUAUAAUAAAUUCUGUAGUAUAAUCCUAAUGGUCUUUAUAGCAAAUCAGCAAACAGAGAAAAUGGCCACUUGUUCCUUAACUAGAAUGUUGACAGUUGCUGGUAAUGUGUAAUGGUCAGAAUUUAGCACAGAAAAAUUACUGACUCAUAACAUUCAUGAAACAAAAUGGUUUAAUUUUAUAUCUCAUAGUUUUUAUAAAGGUAAUCCCUAAACUUUGAAUUUUAUUACAGGUAGUACUUAUACACAGACACAGACUUACUACUAACGUUUCUAGUUCUCAUUUUAUUAUUACCAUUUCAUUUGUUCCUUGCAAAGAUCCUCAGCCAAAGUAUAACCAAAACAUAUAUGGAAGACUUAUAUAUAUUUGAAGAAUGAAGUUGUAAAGAUUAAAAAUAACCAUAUUACACAUGAAAACAAAAAGGGCAGAGGAGACUUUGUGUGAAAUAAUCUUUACAUUUGUUUUAAGAAUACACACAUAACUGACAAAAAUAAAACAAAAUUAAGCCAAAUAAAAAAUUACUGAAAGGGUUAUUGCUAAUCAGUAAUGCUCAAAAAAUACAUUCAUUAAAGAUGACCUAGGCCAAUUUUUGCAAUGUUAACUACUAGUUAACUAGUUUACUAAAGCAACUUUAUGCUUUUAAGUGUUUCUUACUAGCAUAAAUUCCAAUUCUCUACUAGCUGUUGCUUACAUGCUUCAGCUUCCUUUCCAGCUUAUUUACGGUAUAUUUUUGCUUAAAGAAUACUAACAUCUAACGCUUUUUAACUACUCCUGAAAUGCUAUACUUAAUAAUACAGAGAUACCAAAAAAUGUUCCCCAUAUCAAUGCUAUAGCAACUAUUCCAUUCAUGCACAUUUUUCUUUUUUACUUGAUGGGAUGUGGGAGAAUCUUCCUGUUUAUGCUUGGUGAUUAUCAUGAUUGGUACUUCACAACAAAGUGAUGUCCUGCAUUAAUGUUUUCACUGACCAUUUUGUUCAAUCAUAAUAUAUAUAAAUGAAAACUAUGUCCUAUCUCCAUCCUCUCCCCAGCCAUGUAAAAAGCUAAAGGGAUCCUGUGAACCAAUAUUAACAUUUUAAUUACCUUUGAGUAUAAUGUAUCAACACUCAUGAAUCUAUAGAAAGACUGGAUUCUUAAAUUCUGUUACAUGCAGCAGCUUCCUUUUGUAACCCAAACACAAUACAAGGUAUUUCAAAGGAUAUGCUGCUAGCAUCCUGGAAUUUUAUGACAUUAAAAAGCAGCUCAAACUAACAAGAUACCAGCUAAUCCUCCCAACCUGGCUUUGCUCUGAGUGCCAGAAUGCCCUAAACUUCACAGAGGACUCAUAUUAGUUAUUGCUUCUCCCAAACUAUUACAAAAUAUCUUAAGGGUUGGUAUUUCUGUCCUUUACAAUUUCUGUCCUGACCAAGAUUUCUGUUACAUAUUUCAAUGCACAUAUUUUAGCCCUCAGCAAUUAUGUAAGCUUUUAUUGUGCAGAAAAGACUUAUAAAUUUGGCACAUAUGAGUUGUUGGCACACGGUUCUGACAAUCAGAAAACAUUUGUGUAUAAAUAAAUUAAUUCCUCAUUA